GUUCUGGGGGCCACUGCUUCGUCUGUCUCUCCCUGUCUCUUCCACACUCACAUACACACACACACACAUAUAUUCAUAUACGUAUCCUGACAUCAUGGCUCCCAAGAAAGUAGAACCCAAGAAGCCAGAGCCCAAAAAGCCGGAACCAAAGAAGGAGGCGGCGCCCGCCCCCAAACCCCCCGAGCCUGAGCCAGAGCCCCCAAAGGAGCCCGAGUUUGACCCAAAGGGCAUCACCGUGGAGUUCACCGCCGACCAGAUUGAGGAGUUCAAGGAGGCGUUCACGCUGUUCGACCGCACGCCAGCGGGCGAGAUGAAGAUCACCUUCGCCCAGUGCGGUGACGUGAUGCGCGCGCUGGGCCAGAACCCCACCAACGCCGACGUGCUGAAGGUCCUGGGCAAGCCGCGCGCGGAGGACAUGAACGUCAAGAUGCUGGACUUUGAGACCUUCCUGCCCAUGCUCCAGCACAUCUCCCGCUCCAAGGACCAGGGAAAUUUUGAGGACUUCGUGGAAGGCCUCCGGGUCUUCGACAAGGAGGGCAACGGCACCGUCAUGGGGGCGGAGCUCCGGCAUGUUCUGGCCACGCUCGGCGAGCGGAUGACCGAGGACGAGGUGGACCGCCUGAUGACGGGGCAGGAGGAUGCCAACGGCUGCAUCAACUACACCUCCUUCGUCAAUCACAUCCUCUCGGGGUGAGCGGUGAUCCCGCCUUCUCCAGGUGCGCCUAACCUUUUUCUCCUUUGUCCUACCCCGCCCUCGCUCAUGCGCCGGCCCCCACCUCAGACGAGCGUGCGGCGUCCACCGCUGAAUGCUGUGAUGUUGCCUUUUCGUCUUUUUUUCUUUCUUUCUUUCUUUUUGCUGCAAGCAGCCUGUGCUGCACUUGUGAUGUGCCUAAAAUUCACCGGUAUCCACGAUCAAAGCGGAAUGUAAUGGAUGAAAGCCGAUGUACUGUGAUCCUGUCCACUCAAAAAGAGACUCAUUUACAUGUUAUAAUUGCCAGAGUAUUACAUGAUAAUGCCAUAAUAAUCAUAAUAAUAAAUUUGAAAAAU